AUGUGGUCAAGGUUUAAAUUUUUGUUUUAUUUUUUGCUAGCCAUCUACUUGGCAGAAGAAGUAGUAUCUCUUACAGUCUUGAAGAAUAUAAAGUGUCACACAUUGGAUGAAGAGUUUUCUAAGUUCGAAUAUUGUAUUUUUAAAUCUGUAAACAGGACAUACAAGUACUUUUCUACAAGAGUUAAACUCUUAAAAGUUCCAGUAACAAGUGUUCAGAUCAAUCUGGAACUAUUUCAAAGACUUAACGGAUAUAAGCCUUUUUUGUACAAUAUAACUGUAGAUGCCUGCAAGUUCAUAAAGAACCAAAAAUCCAAUCCCGUCGCCAGUUACUUUUACGAUUCUUUCAAAAAGUUUUCCAACAUUAAUCAUACGUGUCCCUACGACGUAAGUACAGCAGAUCCUAAUAACACCUCAAUUUGGAUACAAUAUUUUUUUUAG